AUGCCUCAUACCACCGGUUCUGCGGCAGAGCUUCCCUUGCCUCGGAAGAGUACCCACACGAACCUCGAAAGAUCUGGCGGCUCAGCCGUCCGUGAUCUUUCCACAUCGGAGUCAUACUCAACAUAUGGGCCUUACGCACCACCAUGUUAGUGCUCUCUAGCUUUGGGAAUGGAAUGGUUUGGACUUGGGGUGGAGGAGCGUAUUUAUAGGAGUUCAGGAGGCUGCCUGGCUUCUUGGGACGUCUCCAGUCAUGCGCAGACACAUGGAGACCUAGCUCUUGAUCCAAUCCGUUUCUUCUCUCUACUUGCUUCUCAUCCACUCCUGAAGCUUAUACUCUCUCUCAGUAGCUGGGUGUCUCUCCCUGAUAGCAUUAGGUCUUCUUGGAGCUUAUCCACGCCCUCUCUCCUCUUUAGCAGCUGGUGUCGUUGCCCAAUUGGCUUAGGCUUGCUUCGUCUUCAUUCGAUCUUGGGCGUCCGUCCCAUCUCUCAAUCUGCUCGUCCGAUUUGCAUUCUGCUUCGACCAAACUUCUUAGAAUGGUCUCUUAUGUCUCCAGACUCUUCUCUUCUUGAUUUGGAGAACUUUGAUAUUUCGUCCUGUCGGCUCUUCCCAUGUUCGUACAAUGAUCGUCCCACCUGGACAAUCUUGUUGUAUCUUCAGUUCUGCUCGAUCGUUCUUGAUCCUGUCUUGAUCCAAGUCUUCGUUGUGAUCUCUGGAUUAGAUCCCACGUCUUUGUCUUCCAAUCCCAGAGUGUUGAUCUUCCCAUCCCGGCCUUUGGGAUGUUUUAGGUCUUGA